UCAUUCUCAGUCUACUCUCUACUGUCAUCGUUUGCUGUGUCACGUCCUUGUUUAAUCUUUCUGGCCAUCGUGUUCAAUAGUUUUAAUUUAGUAAUUUAUUGGUAAUUAGCAAAUUGAUGAAAUUAUCCGUGAUGUCGGUGCGUCCUUUGCUACGUACAUUCUCCAAAGCAUCCGAGCAUCGAAUCGACAUGGUCAAUUCCGCUCUGAGUCCGAAGACAGUACUCUCGGAAAAUAAUCGUAAAAAAUGUAUCGAAAAAUUCAAAUCCUAUCAGAUACCACUAAUAAACAAAAACGUCCCGGAAGCUGCUGUUUUGGUUCCGUUGUGUUUGUAUAAAGGAGAACUUGGAUUUCUGUACACAUUACGAUCCAUGAAACUCACAAAUAAUGGAGGAGAGGCAUCCUUCCCAGGUGGUAUGAGUGACAAAAGUGACGCUGAUCUGCAGGAAACCGCUUUGCGAGAAACCUGGGAGGAGUUAAAAAUCCCAAAAGAAAAAAUUGAUGUUUGGACUACAGGGACUCUCAUAAACAAGGGGGAUGUCAAUGUGAUGCCAGUGUUAGGUUACAUUGGUGAGAUAGUGCCAGAGGAGCUGGAGAUCAAUCCCGAUGAAGUGGAAGAGGCAUUUGUGGUCAGUUUACAGAAAUUGUGCGAUCCUGAGCUGUUCCGUUUUACUCGCUUCUCCAACUUUAACUUACCGUCUUACUUGGGUGGAAAACACCGUGUAUGGGGAUUCACUGGCUUUAUUACUCACCUGGCACUCUCAUCUUUAAUACCAGAGGUCUACAUGAACAAGAUUCCUCGUACAAAAUCACUUCAGAUUAAGGAUCAUAAUGUUCCUAAGGAAGUGAAAUCAAAUCUAGAUAAGCAAUCAAAACUAUAAAGACUAAAAUAGAAAUAAAAAAUCAUAGAAUUUUGAUGAGUUUGCUUUCGCUGUUAUAGAAAGUAAAAAUAAUUUGUAUAGUUCUUGAUAAAGAAAAAAUAAUUCGCGAUACAAUAAAGUAUUUUUCUUAUUAAAUCGAAAAUCAAGCUUGAUUAUAUCGUUUUAAAUUGUUUUAAGUUUUAAUAUUUUAAAUAAUGAAUUACAAUUUUAAUGU